AGCUGUUAGAAGUCACUUCCAAGGCCAAAUGACCGGGUAAAAGAAUACAAAUAUUGAUUUGCUGUAAUUGCAAAUCGCAACUUAGUUUAGUGAUUUAGAACGUAGCAAUAAACAUGGAUUUCACAGACUUUGAGGUGCGCAAGUGCCCACCAACCGUGAUGUACAUUCCUAAUUUCAUUACCUCCGAUCAGGAGCAGUCAAUACUAAGUCACAUUGAACGCACACCGAAGCCUCGCUGGACGCAGUUGCUCAAUCGUCGCUUGGUCAACUAUGGAGGCGUUCCACACCCAAAUGGUAUGAUUGCCGAAGAGAUUCCCGAAUGGCUGCAAAGCUAUGUGGAUAAGGUAAACAAUCUGGGGAUCUUUGAGUCGCAAAAAGCCAACCAUGUACUUUUGAACGAGUACCUGCCUGGCCAGGGCAUCUUGCCCCACACGGAUGGACCCCUGUUCUAUCCGAUUAUAUCGACAAUUUCUUGUGGUGCACACACAGUACUGGAGUUCACCAGGCGCGAAUCCUCUGGAGAUGGAGGAACCAGAGAGGUGCUAUUCAAACUGUUGCUGGAGCCGCGCAGUUUGCUCAUAUUGAAGGACACACUAUACUGCGAUUAUAUGCAUGGGAUCAGCGAGAUUAAUGAAGAUACGCUAUGCGAUCGCAUCUGUAAUUACGAUCUCUGCGAGAAUACUUACAAGAUUGGGGAUCAUCUUGUGCGGCGCAGUCCACGCAUUUCACUAACUAUACGCAAUGUGCCCAAGACCAGCAAAAUGAAGCUGAAAUUCUGUUAGACUGUCGGAGAAAUACACACGUUAUUGUUGCUAACUUUCUUGUUAAUGAAAUGCACACGUUGCGAACGUACGAAUGUACUUAGAGCCCACUGAAGACAGCCCACAAGUUGUUCAACUUCCAGUUAUAUGAUAUGAUAUGAUAGAAAGACCUUAAAAAUCUUCCGCUAGUAACUUAAGCACCAAAGCACACGCACACAUUUCAUAAUGCAAAUUGUUGGCUUAUUGAACAAAAGGAUUAACAUUGCCCACCAAGUGCUUUAUUUUUUGGUAACUAAAACAAUUCAAUUAAAGCAAUUAUGUAUAGAUCAAUCGGAUCGAAUUAUUGAUUGAUUGAUUGUCUAUGAUCGUGUCUACGCCAAUAAUUUAUAGAUUUAGUUAUUGAAAGCAAUAUUUAGGUAUAUAUAUAAUUAAUAUACAUUUGUUAAGGGAUUCACAGUCAAGUAUGUAUUGUGAUCUGUGAAUCUUUACAAAAAGAACUUCCAUGUUAUAAGUCCUGACGUCGAGGACCACUCAGUAUGUAUGUAUGUGUGUAUUUUCUGUAAAUCCUGUGUGUAUUUUUGUAAUCAUAUUCCACAGCGCACCGAAAAGACAAAACUAUUCCAAGCAAAAUUGAUGUGAAAUAAAUUGUUGUCCAUUGUUGUGAUUGUUGAAA